AUGGAAGAGCACCAUGUCUACCCGCACUCAGUGCUUGGCUUCCGAGCCAAGUUGGGAACGCAAGACGCCAUGCUCCUGAUCAAACGAGAAGUCCUUGACCCACCGGGCGGGACUCCAAAGAAUGACAACCGAGCGAUCUUGGGCCUGGACCUGCAGAGCGCCUUCGACAACAUUAGACACUCGUCGGUCCUGGCUCAGGUGUCCCGCCUGGGGCUGGGCGCAAGAUCUUACAACUACAUCAGAGCCUUCCUCUCUCGCCGCACGGCCAGGCUGGAAGUGGGAGAAACGAAGCUCGAAGAACGAGAGCUGGGCAGUGUCGGGACCCCACAGGGCUCGGUCAUCUCCCCGUUCCUGUUUAAACAUUGUCAUGAUCGAGGUGGCCAGGCGUCUGGAGGCGCUGGGCCCGGGGAUACGACACUGCCUCUACGCCGAUGA